AUGAAAGAACUGCAUGAAUCUAGAAGCCUGCCAGAUACUCCUCGAAAUCAGUUCCGCACCCCAAGAAGACCAAGUUCACGAGAUCUCCCAACACCUGCCACGAAAAGCAUCACCGCGCGGAGUCGAUCACCACAGUCGUCGACAUCGGCAAGCGCCCGCAAGCGAACAUCGCUGUCACGAGUUCAGUCGACUCUCACGCAGAUUGACUUUGUGACACAGCCCACACCUUCGAAUGAUGACCAGCUUACCUAUAUCGACGAACCCAAUCGUCGCGACGAUACCCGAGACACAACUGAACGGCUCAAUGUAGAUGAUGGGUCGGACAAGGAUUCGGACUACCUCCCCGCUCCAACAGUUCGGUCAGCUCGUAUCUCGAAAUUCAAGAUGAGCGAACGAGCGCGUGUUUCGGAGGACCGCCCGCAGAAGCGGAGGAGCUCUGCAAUCACCGAUCGAGAUAUAUACCGAAGUCACGGGCCACGAAAGAGUGAGAACCCAAGGGCGAGUGUUCGUCCUAGGGGCGGGCGAAAAUCUCUGGAGAAGUCAGCGGGAAAGCGGGACAAGACGUUAACUCAGAUGGACUUUGUACGACGUUACAUUACCAUCGAUGACGAUGACGACGACGUGAACAUGGGAUAUAUCCAGCCGACACCGCAGAAGAAGGGCAUAAAAGAUGAACAGACAGAGCACACGCCCAAGGUGGAACAAUCACAGCCUACCAAGCGUCCGACCUCCACCAAACGAAAGCACAGAUCUCUGGAAGAAGAGCUGGAUUUGUCUACCGGGGAACCUAUAUCUCAACAUCAGGAAGCUCAAGAGUCAAAUCCCAGAAGCGGAGAUGAAGGCACGCGGCCACCUGCAGCUCCUGUUACACCGCGGAAGCUUCAGACGCGCGAGAUACCUUCUUCACAGACGCCCGAAAGCCCUGGUCUCGCUAUUAUAACCUCAUCUCAAUUUCGCAGCGCUACUCGCUCUCCUUCAAAACGGAAACCCUUAAACCCCACGAAUAAUCCCAUGCGACCUAUCAAAGAAGAACCCCCGGAGGUUCGGCGAGUGGUCGAGGACUCACAAGACCCUGGAGGCGAAUCUUUACCACGGCCACCAACAUUUGAUUCUCCAAGCAACUAUAACAAUUUCAUCCAUCCUGAUCCAACUACUACUGAGGAAUUCCCUUCCUCUGCACCCCCGACAGCGUCAACUUCCCAGGAAUACCCCACUGAAGCAAAUGUGUACUCGACAAGCGGACCCACCAGGAGGGAGAGGACUGUCGUGUAUGAAACGGAUGCGGACUCAGAAUAUGGGGACUUCGAGGACAACCUCAAUGGAGGUUCCGUGACACCAUCUCCUAAAAAACCACACCGAGCAAUUGGUCGACAGGACGUGUCACAUGCGACCCAACCUAGCCCAGAGUCACCCAAGGAUGAUUCCCAAGAACUUCCUCUACCCGCUGCGCAAUCGAGCCCAGGACUGAAUGAUGCCCCUCCAUCCGAAGGUCCAAUGUCUGAUGCCUCGAUAUGCUAUCAGAGAAUGCACGCAGCUACACAAUUCCCGCACGAGCCAAUCCCAACACUGAAUACGCAGAAGAUGUCUGAGCUUUUCCCUAACGGAGGCAGUAGCCAGUACACAAAUUUGGAGGCAUGGAGGCCUUCUGUCCGAAAACCGGCACUGGGGCCAUUUUCGCAGACACAAACACAGAGCCAGGAAGGCGACAAAGAGUCUACUGAAAUGGUUCCCGAGUCGUCGCCCAUCCGGGAAAAAGAACGUGGAAUUGAGUCAGGCGAUAAUUCGUUCCAACGACCUCGUGUUCCUGACUCAGUGGUCCAAGUUGAGUCCUCGCAGGCGGUGGAUCGAGAUCCUCAAUGGCAGGGCCGAGUCCUUUCUCGGAGCCAGCUUCUCACAUCGAGCGUCAUGGAGAGCAUUCCUCUCCCGAACUUUUGGAUGGGGAGUCAGGAUAGUGUAGGAGAGCCUUAUAGCUUACCUGAAGGAUGA